AUCAGUUGUAGAUAUUAGAAUUACAGAAAUGAUGGCCACACAGUUCUUGUUAACAGUUUUUGUCUUGUUUGUUCAACAUUCAACAGAAGCUGAACAAGGACACAAAUCAAAGCGUUUGCUGAUGACUGACCCAGACCAUGUUGAGACCUUACUGCAUCAGAUGCAAUUAGAAAUCCAAAAUUUAAAAUCUAAAGUGGAAACUCAAGAAAAACAAAUUCACACUCUUCAAACUAGUUCAGGUCAAGGGAAUGGUGCAACUUAUGUGCGAUGGGGACGUAAAGAAUGCCCUGGAAACAAUACCGAGAUGGUCUACUCUGGUUUUGCAGCUGGUGGCUAUUAUAAUGAAGAAGGUUCUGCAGCAGAAUAUAUUUGUCUUCCACCCGAUCCCAAUCUUGGCGCGACUUGGAGUGAUAGCCAUUAUGGAAGCAUUUAUGGAGCGGAAUAUGAAUCAGACGGUUUUGGUGGUGGUCUUUGGAAUGAUGAUGUUCCAUGCGCUGUUUGCCGUUCAACGACUGCCUUGCAUACGCUUAUGAUUGCAGCAAAAAACAAAUGCUAUGAUGGAUGGUCUACUGAAUAUGUUGGGGAACUAGCAGGCGGACAUCAUCUUCAUAAAGCAGCAUCGUCAUUUGUUUGUGUUGAUAAAAAUCCGGAGGAAAUUAUAGGCGGAGAAGCAGGCCAAGAUGGCAAAUUGUUUUAUCCAAUCAAAACUGUUUGUGGAUCAUUGAAAUGUCCACCAUACCAUAACAAUCGUCUGCUACCGUGUGUUGUAUGUUCCAGAUAAAAUAAAAGUUAAGUUAAA